GACGAGAGCCCUGACCACCCGGUCAGCUGGGUGGUGGACGACCGGUGGCAGCUUCCCUGCACGCUCCCCAGGAUGCUGCGGCCCGAGGGGCCCCGGGCCUCCACGGAAGGGGCAGCCGCCGGCGCCCAGCGGGGCGACUGCAUCGUCUGUUACUCUGCCUACGACCUGCAAGGGCGCCUGCCGCGCCGCCUCUACUGCGGCCACACCUUCUGCCAGGCCUGCGUGCGGCGGCUGGACAUGGCGGCCCACCAGCAGCGCUGGAUCCCCUGCCCGCAGUGCCGCCAGAGCACACCCACGCCCCGCGGAGGGGUGGCCAUGCUGGACCUCGACCUGGCCGCCUUCCUGGCCGUCAGGGCUGAGCGGGAGGCUCCCUGCGUGGAGCCCCGGGCCCCCGCGCCCCUCGAGGGCAGCGCUGCCAUCACUCAGCAGCCAGCCGGGCCCCUCCCCCCGCCCCACUGCCCCCAGCCCAAGCGCUGCCGUGGGGGCUGCUGCAGCCUGUGCUGGGAGCCCCCGGGCAGCCCUGAGGUCUGA